AUGAAGCGACCCCACGGUCCUCACGCGAUUGGUUCGCGAAGGUCGACACGUCGCGCGAUCAGUGUGGCGACGGACGCGAGCAAUGAUGCCGCGGAUGCGACGGCAGCCAGAGUCACGUUGAGUCCUGGGACUCCGUCGGAUGGCCCCUCCGAGACUCGCGGAGCACCGUUGGAUGAUGGGCCGACGGGUGCAGUGCUACUAGAUCGAGUCGCGAUGGACGCAAAGCAUUGGGAAACAGGGGAGCAUGACGGGAAGGCCUUCGAAGCGCAGAGUGAAGGUGGGGAGACGGGGGAACAUGACGAGGAGGCCCUCGAAGCGCAGAGAGAAGGUCGAAAAGCGGGUCAUCCUGUUGUGGUUUGUUACCACCGGCGGCGCGUGCGGAUCGGAGGGGAUGGAUGGGAAGAUUAUCUACGGGAUCAUCAACCGCGGCGCGAGGCAGCACAAAACGGGGGAGUCCCUUUCGCGCCUCUCGGAGAGGCGCGCACGCUGGCGGAGAAGGGCGCAACGGCGGAGACGCGAGAAAUGGCGGAAGAUGGGGAAAGCGCAGGGGUUCGGAGAGGAGAGGGCGGAGAUGGAGCUCAUGGGGGAGUGUUUCCGGGGAUGAGGCAGGAUGACGUGGCGAUGCGCGUGAUCGGCAUGAUGGGCGCGGCAGCGGGGAGCGCGGAGGAGCUUUCUUUUGCGCAGCUGGUGGGUGUGAGUCGGUGGUGCGCGCAACGCGCCGUGGAGGUCCGCGUGGCGGCGCAACUGGCGGAGCGGCUUGCGGAGGUGGAGAGGAGGGUGAGAGAGGAAGAGCGGAAGAAAGAGGAAGAGCGGAAGAGAGAGGGGGAGCGGAAGAGAGAGGAAGAGCAAAAGAGAGACGAGGAGAGGAAGAGGGAGGAGGAGAGGGUGAGAGAGGAGGAGCGGAAGAGAGAGGAGGAGAGCGUGAGAGAGGAAGCGCGGAAGAGAGAGGAGGAGAGGAAGAGAGAGGAAGAGAGGGUGAGAGAGGAAGAGAGGAAGAGAGAGGAAGAGAGAAAGAGAGAGGAAGAGAGGAAGAUUGAGGAAGAGCAAAAGAGGGAGGAAGAGCGAAAGAGAGAGGAAGAGAGGAAGAGAGAAGAAGAGAGGACGAAAGAGGAAGAAAGGAAGAGAGAGGAAGAAAGGGAAAGAGAGGAAGAGAGGAAGCAAGAGGAAGAGAGGAAGCAAGAGGAAGAGAGGAAGCGAGAGGAAGAGAGGACGAAAGAGGAGGAGAGGAAAAGGAUAAGGCGGGAAGAAAAGAAGAGGGCGCGUCAGGAAAAGUGGAAUAAAUGGAGAGAAGAAGAAAGGAAGAGGUUGAGCGAGCUCGUGGGGAAGCGAGUGAGAGAGGAGGAGGCCAAAAAGCGUAAAGAGCUGGAGAGGAAAGCGUGCAAGGCUGUCGCAAGGGCGGAGAAGGUGGAGAGGCUCGGAAAGCAGCUAAAAGCGGCCCUGAAGGAGGCAGAGGGGGCGGUGGCGGGGUUAGAGGAAAGCAUUGAGGAGGAAAUGGAGGAGGUUCUGGUGCGAGCAGAGCUUCUUAAACGCUGCGUCAAGACAGAUAAAACGACUUUUCAAGAUGCAGCCGGUGGCGCAGGGUGCAAGCGAGCUCGCACGGCUGAUGGCUCUGCUGCGCUACGCAUGAAGGAGCACCUCAAGGCCCUUACCUCCCAUGCAAAGGCGGCCAGAGAAACGGCGCAGGAGGUGAGGCGGCAAGUGCGUGCGCUGUGGGCCAGACAGGUAGUGGCUGGCGAGGCGAUGCAGGUUGAAAAGGAGGGGGGAAAUGAGGAGGGGGACGAGGAGGGGGCGGAGGAAGAAGGGGGAGAGGAGGAGGAGGAACAGGAGAAAGGGGCGGAAGAGGAGGAGGGGGAGGAAGAGGAGGAGGAGGAAGAAGAGGAGGCUGAGGAUGAGGAGAUGAGGGCUCCAAUGGAGGAAGGCGUUGGUGAUAACUACGACUUGGUACAGGUGAGCCGCACUGAAGCUGGGUACCGGAGUAGUGAUGAGAGUAGUAGCAGUCAGGAAGAGCGUGGGGAUGAGGAGAUGAGGGCUCCAAUGGAGGAAGGGAUUGGUGAUAACUACGACUUGGUACAGGUGAGCCGCACUGAAGCUGGGUACCGGAGUAGUGAUGAGAGUAGUAGCGGUCAGGAAGAGCGUGGGGAUGAGGAGAUGAGGGCUCCAAUGGAGGAAGGGAUUGGUGAUAACUACGACUUGGUACAGGUGAGCCGCACUGAAGCUGGGUACCGGAGUAGUGAUGAGAGUAGUAGCAGUGAGGAAGAGCGUUGGGAUGAGGAUAUGAGGGGUGCAAUGGAGGAAGGGAUUGGUGAUAACUACGACUUGGUACAGGCACGCCCUGCAGCAGCCAGACUUCCUCAGAGGGGGGUGAUGGGGGGCGGGGGCGCAGGCGGAGGCGCUACAGGGUGCAUGGGGGAGAGGCGCGAGGGGGCGGAGGGAGGGGAGAACAGGGCGCGGGCAGCUGGGGGGGAUGAGAGAGGAGGGGCGGGAAGGGCAGGUGGAGUGGACAGGAAUGGGCUGUUGCAUGCACGGGCAGGGCAAGGGGCGCAAGGGGCACAAGGGGCGCGAGGGGGACAAGGGGCGCAAGGGGCACAAGGGGCACAAGGGGCGCGAGGGGGACAAGGGGCGCAAGGGGGACAAGGGGCACAAGGGGCGCGAGGGGGACAAGGGGCGCAAGGGGGACAAGGGGCGCAAGUGGAACAAGGGGCGCAAGUGGAACAAGGUGCACAAUGGGCACAAGUGGAACAAGGAGUGGUGCUGGAGGGUGCAGGGGAGCGCCCAACGGUGGCUGUGCAGGAGACUCUGCAGGAAUGGGCACGGCGGGAGCAAGCACAGCGGGAGCAAGCACAGCGAGAGCAAGCACAGCGAGAGCAAGCACAGCGAGAGCAAGCACAGCGGGAGCGGGCACAAGGGGGACAAGCGGGACAAGGGGCACAAGGAGUGGUGCUGGAGGGUGCAGGGGAGCGCCCAACGGUGGCUGUGCAGGAGACUCUGCAGGAACGGGCACAGCAGGAGCAAGCACAGCGGGAGCUAGCACAGAGGGAGCAAGCACAGCGAGAGCAAGCACAGAGGGAACAAGCACAGAGGGAGCAAGCACAGAGGGAGCAAGCACAGAGGGAGCAAGCACAGCGGGAGCGGGCACAGCGAGAGCAAGCACAGCGAGAGAGGGCACAGUGGGAGAAAACUAAGGGCGAGGUGAUCCGCUUUCUGGUGGCCCAAAAGGAAGCAGGUGAAGAGUCAGGUGAAGAGUCAGGUGAAGAGUCAGGUGAAGAUUCAGGUGAAGAGACAAGUCAAGAGACAGCACAGGACUUCACACUAUCCAGCUCCAACCCUGUUUUCAAUGACAAGCCUAACAACAGCCUCUACUGUUUCCUCACCUUUUGUCCCCGCUACUACCCACGCCUCUUCACUUCUCUCUCCUCCCUCACCCUACACCGCCUCUCCCCCAUCCGCGCCCGCGCUCUCUCCGCUCUUCACCUGCUGCCAUCCCUCACCUCGCUCUGCUUCCAGGAAACUACCAUCAAGCCAGGGGGGCAGUUCCGGCUAUCGUCCUUGUCUCGGCUGCAUAGGCUGGUCUUGGACUGUCCAAUAUCGCACUACCUGAACCUGGACACUCAUGCGCCCUCUGGGGGUACGGGUAUGGGUAUAGGUACUGGUACCCAGCAGCAGCAGCAGCGGCAGCAGCAGCAGCAGCAGCAGCAGCAGCAGCAGCAGCAGCAGCAGCAGCAGCCUUUUGUGGGUUCCCAUCAGCAACCCUUUGAGAAUCUAAGGGAGCUGCAUGUCAGUCACGUGUGCGACUCCCUGCUUCGCCAGGUGGGCUGCUUAUACCGCCUUGAAGCCUUCUCGUGUACGUGCAGCAAGAAAGUGACCAUCUACGGGUUGAACCAGCUGGAGCGACUCACCAAGCUGACGAAGCUCCAGGUGGCGCCAGCAAACCUGUACGAUCAUUUCCUGGAGCUUCAGUUUCGGAGUGACUCCCUGCCAGAAAUUGCCCGAGUGUGCGAGUUGCUCGAACCUAACGGCACGGGCGUUUGUGAGUGUGCUGAUGGGCUGAAUAACCCCGAGCACCCGUGCCUGGAUGCCAGUGUGUGGGAGGUGGUGGGUGCAUUGCCGAGCUUGCAGCAUGUUGGGGUGCAUGGGGUGACAUCCAGCAAUCAAGACCUGCGAGCCCUUGCCCCUCUCACACGCCACCUCUCCACCCUCCACGUCACCGGCACCAACCUGAAGGACGUUGGGUGGAUCAGGUGCUUUUCUCAGCUGAGAGGGCUGGGACUGGCUGGAUGCAGCCUGUAUGUGGAUUCGCAAUUGCACGGGUGGAGCCAGAGCCUGGUGCACUUACAGGCGCUGGAUCUUUCAGCCACAGGAGUCAGCUACAAGGGCGCUUCGAAGCUUUGUUUAUUUAAGAGUUUGGAGCGCUUAAAGGUGCAGCAGUGCUGCAACAUGCGCGCGGCAUUCCUGGAUCACGUCAGUAAAGUGCCGCGGUUGAAGGAGCUGGAUGUGGGCUUUAACAAGGUGUCGACGAAAUGGGUGAGGCCGAUACUGGAUGGGAAGCGGGUGUCACGGCUGUGUGUGCGCGGGUGUGGGUGGAGUGAGAGACAGCUGUGGAAUGCUCGACAGUCGCGGAUUGAUGUGGUGCAAUGA